AUGCUCCAGCAGAUCCUCACGCCGACAUGGUGGAAGGAUCGCGAGGGGAAGGAGCGCUUCACGGAGGUGCUGAUCGCUUGGGACGAGUUGAUCUCAAGGUACGAGCGCGCGACCGGAGAGCAGGUCACGCAGAAUAUGAAGACGAGCACGAUCAUGGCCCACGCACCAGAGGAAGUGAAGGUCAUGCUACGCUCGGCGCAGCGCGAGGUGCGCAGCGACAUCACACAGAUGAGGAACUGCAUCUUCGAGGCGGUGAUCGGCCAAAGUGGAGUGGUCUUGCGACCUCCGACAGCGAACAAGGGGAGCAACGACAUGGACGUCGACGCGAUCUCCAAGGGCAAAGGCAAUGACGGCAAGGACAAGUGCCAGAUCUGCCACAAGCCAAGUCACACGGCCCGCGACUGUUUCUGGCGUGACAAAGGGAAGCAGAAGGGCGACGGAAAAGGUCGAGGAGCAGCCGCGGGAACCAGGGGCGGAAAGGACGCCAAAGGCAAGGGCAAGGACGGCUACACCUUCUCGGGGAAGUGCGACUAUUGCCAUAAGACGGGCCACGAGAAGGCGGACUGCAAGAAGCGAAUCGCCGAUGAGAGGUCCAAAGGCAACGCGGCCAUUGAGCAGGAGAACACGGACCCGAAGACGGUGGCCAAGAUCGAGUACGCGGAGUACGAGUGCGGGAUCUGCGACGACGACCAGCUCUACUGCAUGGCGAUGGAGGCGGAGGAUCCCGAGACGGAGUGCUGCGGCAUGGAGCUCGUGGAGACGACUUUCAUCACGUUGGACACCGCGAGUGACUGCCACGCGGGGCCGACCUUCUUCUGCGAAGGGUGCAGAAGAGGAGAGGAUCACGGCCCGAGGCUGCUGGACGCGCAGCGCAACGAGAUCAAGAUGGACUCCAUUGCGACGGUGCCGAUGGCGGUUACUGACGAGUGCGAGCAGCUGAAGUUGCUGAAAGCAGAUUUCAGGCUAGGUGACACGGUAUCGAAGCCAAUCCUCUCGUUGCUGGAGGUGAUGGAUAAGGGUGCCGAGUUCUGGCUGAGCGCGAAGACGGGCAUGUGCAUGUACCUUGGCGGUGACCUCAGCAAGGGCAUCCCGCUCACCAGGAAGAACAACACGCUGGGAUUCAACGCGAAGACCCUCAAGACAGCUACGGAGGCGAAGGAGUUCGCGGCCAGCGUGAACGCGAAUGAGCAGCAGGAGGAGGCGUUCGUGCCGACGCCUGGGGCUGCGGGCAGCGGAGCAGCGACAGCGGCACCGGCUGCACCUGCGGCUGCCGCCUCGGCUCCAGAGCGAGGUGGAGCAGCUGUGAGCGCGGGAAGAGAGCGAUUGGCUCGACAUCCCGUGGUGCUACGCGAAGGGCAGGAGAUCGUCCUGCACCCUUCCAGCCGCGUGGAGGACGCGCGGGCAGGGCUCAAGGAGAUGGGCCAGACUCAGCGAUGCGGAGCGGAGGCCUGCGCGCGGGGGAACGAGACGACCAAGCCGCGCAAGACCCUCACGUUCGACCAGAAGGACUCUGGGAAGGCGCAGAUCACCCUGGACUUCUGCUACCUGAAGACCAACGGCGACUGGGCGGAGAUCGGAGAUGAGGAGCCGCCAGCGGCGGACAUCUUCGCGACGACGCUCGUGAUGGCUGACAGGGACACGCUGGUGUUCGAUGCAGUCUCGACGCCCACCAAGGCGGUCACGGACUACGCAAUAGCCAGCGUGAGCAGCUUCAUUGAGGGCAUGCAUCUCACGACGGCGGACAUCAAGACGGACGGCGAUCCCACGAUCGCGAGCCUGGUGGAGGAGGUGCGGAAGAGGCUGAGCAAGAGCAUCAAGCUAGAAGAGAAGCGUGGGAACCUGAAGGACAGCCAGAGCAUGGGCGCGAUUGAGGCUCCGAUCAGAUGGUUUCAGGCGAAGGUGAGGACGUACAAAUUCGACCUGGAGAAGCGCUAUGGCAUGAAGAUCACAGCGGGCGCACCGAUCUGGUGUUGGCUUACACGGUACGUUAGCUGGGCUACGUCCACGUACCGACCACGAGCCGAUGGGGGGGCGUCCCAUCAGGCAGCCUACGGAGUGACCUACAACGGAGAGUUUCUCCCCUUUGGCGAGACGGCUCUCUUCAAGACCCCGAUCUCCCACACGAGGCAGAUCACGGCUACGUCCCUGAAGCGCAAGGGCGAGUCGAGUUUCGCGAAGGGCAUCUGGAUCGGGAAGCACAAGGAGAGCGACGACCACUUGUUCUUGACGCCAGCGGGCUGGCACCGCGCAAGAACAUGCAGGCGGCUGGAGCCAGCAUUGCGGGCAGAUGACAAGCAGAUGAAAGCAGUGAAGGCCCUGCCCUGGGACGCGAGGAGCGCCAAGCCGUGCGAGCUACUGCCCAGGCUUCAGAGGCCGAUGCCCACGAUCGUCUUGACGGCGGCGGAGCAGAAGGCGAAGACCGAGGCGCAGGAGGCAGCGCGCGAGGCGGCGCCACCCCAGGGGGCGCCCGAGCAGGGGGCGCAGCCGGCUGCAGCAGCGAGCGCGGGGCCAUCGGUGGCGCCCGCGGGACCUGGAGCUGGAGCGGCAGCGGCAGCGAGACCAGAGGAGAAGAGCACGACGGAUGCGGACGCGCCGAUGACACAUCGAGGUCUUGUCAGACCUGCCGACGCUGAAGACUUCGGCGCACCAGGCAAGCGCGCGAAGCACGUGGACGCCAUCUCGCUCGACGACCCUAUCGACCACAGCAUCCUGGACAGGAUGGGCACCGACUGCUACAUGAGGGUCAGCGGACUGGAGCCCGCGGUGGGGCUCAAGGGCAAGCGCGAGGCACUAGAAGUGCUGGCACACUACGGGGUGCAUAGGGACGUCCCGAGGAGCGAGAGCGGUGAGUUCAAGAGGAUCAGGGCGCGCUGGGAGCCGCAGAUGCGAGGCUGGUGGACUUUCGUCAGCAUCAAAGAGGAGAACCACAGGACCUUCAUCGCGGAUUGCGUGAAGGCGUACUACCAAGCGGACCAGACUGAGAAGGUUUGCGUGGAGCCACCUGCUGAGUAUCUGGCGAUCUUGGCGGAGAUGGGCAGACCGACCGACAUCGUUUGGGCGCUCAACAAGAUGCUACCUGGGCAGCGCGUGGCAGGCGCUGGCUGGGUGGACAAGGCGGCGAAGACCCUGAAGGGAGAGGGUUUCGACAGGAGUGAGUGUCAGCCGCAGUUCUACUACCACAGAGGGAAGAAGAUCCUGAUCGAGGUGCACAUGGACGACUUCCACGGG